AAAAGCCCUGCUCUCAGGAAUUAGAAAUUAUUCCUCGGGAGAGAUAUUUCCAAGGCUUGCAUAAUUAUCUUUCACGCAGACAGGAGGACAAACAAGCCCCAGGAUGAGGAGCCUCCUUCAGUUUCUGGCACUCUGUGCAGUGGCGUCUGUGUGCGUCUGCUACGAAUCUCAUGAAAGCACAGAAUCCAUCGAAGAUUUGUUUGUGCCUCCGAGCCGAGCCAACUCCUUCAUCUCACCAGACAGGAGCAACGCACUCAACCUGCCCAGAGGCAGCCAGUUCAAUUACAACCUCAUGAGGAAGGUGAAGUCUCCUGCGGAGCGGCGUGCAGAGACCUGCGAGGACUACUCGCCCUGUCGCUUCUACGCCUAUCGCCACGGCUCUCAGCUGGCCUACCAGAGAUACUUCGCCUCCAGGACUCAACCCCAGAGACCGGCUGCGACUCGUCGAUACUAAACUCCAAGUAUCGGUCUGACGAGUGCAGCGUUGUCAACAUCAUCAUCCGGAUAUCAACGUAUCACUACUUUUAUAUAAUGUGUGUAGUGUUUGCGGCCUCCUCUGGAAAAAAAAAAACACAUUUUAUAAACACUGAGGUAUCCGUCUCUUGACAACCCGUCAUUAUACCCGUGUAGAAAUUCACGGCCCAUCUCUUGUGUAAUCUCAGGAUAACUUUAAUCCCAUAUUAUCACACCUUCCCAGCAUUUAUGUGCUUUACAUGAUGUCUGCUUGAAGUGCUCCAAGUGUUUUGCUCACUAUCCACUAACCAUUUCUUACAUUAUCUGCCUACUCAUCCAGGCCAGCACUGCUGUCAGUGAUUAUUCCCAUUGCUUUGGAAAUAAAUACAUGAAAUAAAAAUCGAAA